GAUCUAGUGAAAAUUACAAAUUUCGGUGAUUUUUGCAAUGAUGAAUAAUAAAUGCUACAUUAUCAUUUAAUUUAAUUGCAAAAGAUCUUAUUGUCACAAGUGGCUUCAUCGGCAAUUUUUUUUUUCAUUUUAAAGUGAUCUGAUUUGUUGCACUGUUGACUUGAAUUUAUGAUGGUUUUAGAUACUAACGUGAUCCAAUCAGUCUCAAAGAUGUCGGAAAUCCAAAACGCUCCAAGUUCUGCUUCAUCGGAUAGCGAUUUUACUGAACAGAAGGAGUGCAUCGAAGAUCCAUUCAAAGCCACGGGAAUCAUCGAGUGCGAUAUCCCGAAAUCUGGAGAUGUAUUAACCGAAUGUUGUCCAGCAUCCCCAACGACAGUGCCUGCCAAAUCGAAUAGGUCUAAUUCGUCUGGUUCGCAAAUUCGUUCACCGAAACCUCGCCGACAGCGAACAACAUCCGUGAAUCAAAACACGAUUAAUUCAAACGAAGCAAUAAUUCGUUCCAACAACAGAACAAUUUACACAGCUGGAAGACCUCCCUGGUACAAUUGCGCGGGCCAACAAGUCGAACCGUUCGUAAUUGGUAUUUGUGGCGGCAGUGCUUCCGGAAAAACUACAGUAGCACAGAAAAUAAUUGAAAGUUUAGAUGUACCAUGGGUCACGCUGUUGUCAAUGGAUUGUUUCUAUAAAAUCCUAAAUCAGAAACAGCAUGAACAAGCUAUUCGUAAUGAAUAUAAUUUUGAUCAUCCGGACGCGUUCGAUAUAGAACUAAUGAAAGAUGUACUUCAACGCCUAAAGGAAGGUCGUAAGGUUGAAGUACCUGUUUAUAAUUUUGUCAGCCAUUCUAGAGAAUCGCACACGAAAACCAUGUACGGUGCCAAUGUGAUUAUUUUCGAGGGCAUCCUCACGUUUCACAAUCCAGAGAUUCUCAAGAUGUUGGACAUGAAAAUCUUUGUCGAUACGGAUUCCGACGUUCGUCUUGCAAGACGCCUGAAGCGUGAUAUUCAACAACGCGGUCGAGACUUAGUGGGUGUAUUAAAGCAAUAUUCAACAAUGGUGAAACCAGCAUACAGUAAUUACAUAGCUCCGACAAUGGCACACGCCGAUAUAAUCGUUCCACGCGGUUCUAGCAACGUUGUGGCUAUUCAACUAAUCGUUCAACACGUCCACACACAGCUCCAAUUGCGAGGGUUCAAACUACGAGAAGCACUGGCACAUUCAUACAUCGGUCAACCGAUGCCAGAUUCUCUGAAACUUCUAUCUAUGACUCCACAAGUGAAAGGUCUUCACACAUUUAUUCGCAAUGCCAGCACACCUCGAGAUGAAUUUAUAUUUUACUCAAAACGCUUGAUCAGAUUAGUGUUGGAAUACGCUCUCAGUCUGCUGCCAUUUAAGGAUGUAGAGGUGGAAACUCCACAAGGCGUUCCAUAUGAGGGAAAACGUAUGGCUUGUCAGAAAAUCUGCGGUGUGUCUAUCCUUCGUGCUGGAGAAACAAUGGAGCAGGCCGUCAGUGAUGUUUGCAAACAUAUAAGAAUUGGAAAAAUUCUUAUUCAGACUAAUCAACUAACGGGCGAACCGGAGCUGUAUUAUUUACGGCUCCCUAAGGACAUAAAAGAUUAUAGAGUAAUAUUGAUGGACGCUACUGUUGCUACUGGUGCUGCUGCUAUUAUGGCUAUCCGAGUGUUGCUCGAUCAUGACGUCCCAGAGAAAAAUAUAAUGUUAGUUUCACUGUUGAUGGCCGAGAUUGGUGUUCAUUCUAUAGCAUACGCCUUUCCAAAAGUUCAAAUUGUUACUUCUGCUCUAGAUCCUGAAAUCAAUGAGAAAUUUUAUGUCAUCCCCGGUAUCGGUAAUUUUGGUGAUAGAUAUUUUGGUACUGAACCUACUGACGGAGAAGUAUUGUAUGAAUAGGGUGCGGUGUUAAUUCGUCAUACUCAACUAUGUUUCAACAUCCCGCAUCAAAUAAGUCUGUACAAUUGAUUUUAAACCAAUCCUAAGGGGCCCGGCAUUAAUUACGGCACGUGAAAUUAAGAUUGUCACUGAAUAUUACACCCUCUUAGAGUGUGACAUAAUGUAUGCAUCAUCCCUAACUUACAUUAUGAGCAAAAAUGUUAACGCAAUCAUUGGAAGAAGUUUUUGACUUGAACGAAGGAAAUGAACUCCAUAUAACAAAGUAGCGCAACGCCCCUGUACUAGUAUAAUGAAACGCAGAAUUAUUAACGGUGUGAAAAAAAACUUGUUUGUAUUUUUUUUAUAUAUCACAGAU